UUGUAUUCUCUUCCUUCAGGGAUGGUUAGAGUAGUGGGUGGAUGAUGGCUAGCUAGCCUCCAAGCUAGGUUAAUAAACUUGUGGAAGGGGGAGUCCUCUCAGGCUGAGGAUGAACCACUCAAGCCUGGCACAGUCUGCACCUCCCCUUGUGCUCCCGACUCUGGAUAUGGGGAGCAUUAAGCAACCCACCGGUUUGCUUGGAGGGUCUCUGGGUCUGGGGUCUUCAGAUAUGGAGCUGCAGAAGAUGAUGAUCGACGAGAGGAUGCGCUGUGAGCAUCAUAAGACAAACUACCAAACCCUCAAGGCAGAGCACACCAGGCUGCAGGAUGAAUACACACGUGCCCAGACUGAGCUGAAGCGGCUGCUGUCGGAGAAGCAGAUGUCGCAGGAGAAGCUGCAGCUGCUGCUCACUGAGAUGCGGGGAGAGCUGCUGGACAAGACUAGACAGAUGGAGGAGCUGAGGCUGCAGAUCAUAACCCCCCAGAGACAGGAGCUGUUGAGGGCUCAGAUUCAGCAGGAGCUGGAGGUGCCCAUGAGGGAACGCUUCAACAAACUAGAGGAGGAGGCGGAGAAGUAUCGCUCCGAGUACAAUAAGCUCAGGUAUGAGCUCACCUACCUCAAGUCAGAGCUUCACCAGCAGAGAGAGGAGCACACACGGGUCCUGGAGGAGAAAAAGAUGCGAUAUGAUGCUGAGGUGUCUCGUCUGGAGCAGGAUAGGGAGCAGCUGGCCGUGCAGCUCCAGAGCGGUGACCCGGCGCGGGACGGGCGACGCGUGGAGGCCCUGCUGCGCGAGAAGGCCCAGCUGCACCAGCGGCUCAAGGGCCUGGAGGCCGAGGUGGCUCAGCUCCGCGCCGAGAGGGACAGCUCCGGCUCCCAGGCCGACAACGUGCAGCGAAUCCAGAUGCGUCAGCUAGCCGAGACCCAGGCUUCGGUCAAGUCUUUGGAGGCGGAGAAGCAGUCUGUACGGAUGCAGCUGGAGCGGGUCGAGAACGAGCUGCAGCUCAGCCAGGAGCAGAACUCACAGCUCACCACCCGGCUGCACAAGGCAGAGAGAGAGGUCAACAUGCUCACCAGCCAGGUCGAGGGGAUGAAGCACAGUCACAAGCUUGAGGUGACUAAUGUGAAGCUGGAGUGUGUCAGAGGCAAAGGAGAGCUGGAGAGAGAGAGGGACGCGCUACACAGCCAAGUGGAUGCCCUGCAGUCUGAUGUGGAGGUGUUGCGGAUGACGGUGGAGAGGAACAAGGAGAUGCUGACUGAGAAGGAGAGGGAGAUGGUGCGCCGGGUGCAGGCAGCCCGCGAAGAAGAACUCCACAAAAUGGCUGCCGUUCAAGAAGAGAAGAUUGAGAUGGACAACCGCUUGGCGGAGCUGGAACAGCAGAAGGCGCUACAGGAGGCAGCAGCCAGCGCUCAGAGAGACGAGUGGGAGGAGCGUAUCCGUAGCAGCCAGCUGGGGGAGGAGUCUAUGCGGAAAGAAGCCCACAGCCUGAGGGGGAAGAUGCAACAGCUCAGUGUUCAGCUGGAGGAGCUCGAGAGACAGCAGUCAGAGAACCUGGAGCUGAGACAGAGGAACCAGGAGCUGAGCACACAGCUGGGCACGCUGUCCCAGUCGGAGAGUGAGCUCCUGGACACCAACCAGCGCCUCAGAGACAGCCUGGAGCGCGUGAGGGAGGAGCUGAGGAACACCCGCACCCAGAUGGAGAAGACCCAGCAGGAGGCAGAGAGGCUGGUGGAGGAGAGGAGGGUGGAGUGGCUGGAGGAGAAACACAAGCUGCAGGAGCAGGACGCCGAGCUACAGGACAAAUACAACCAGGCCAAGGAGCGCCUGCAGAGGGCAGCACUGGCCCAGAAAAAGAGGAAAACCAUGUCGGAGGCCAAGGAGAAGAAACUGCUGGAUAAAAUCCAGCUGUUGGAGGCCAAAGUGGAGGAGCUGGAGAUUGAAGUCAGCACGGCCAAAAAGAGGUCACACUCAGACGAGCACGCUCAGAUGCAGCGGCGUCUGAAGGAGCUGCAGCGCAGACACAGCGAGUUCCGCAGGCUGCUGAUUGGACAGCAGUUCUCCUCCACGCCCGGGCCCCCCUCAGUGUUGCUCCCAGGGUCCGAGGGGCUCUUCCCCAACCUACAGGAUGAGCAGCACCAGAGGGAGCUGUCAGUGCUGCGCAGGCGUCUAGAGGAGCUGGAGUGCAGUCAGCAGCAGCAGCUGGAGGAGCUGGGUCCCCCUCUGGACAGAGACAGAGACAGGGAGCGAGAGCGGGACUACAGCCUCAGGGACGGGGACGGGGACGGGGGCAUCAGCCCACGGGACUACCGGGGCAUCGCCCUGCACAGCAGCCUCAGCUCACGCGAUGCCCUGCUUGACCUGUGACCUCUGGUUGACCCCUGUGACUUUGACCCUGGACCUUAAGACAUGGAGUAAUUACUCAUGGACUUUUUUUUUUUUUUUAUUGUAUGUAUAUGUGCCAAAGGCUGAAGACUUUAAAAGAUCUCGCCACUUGAGUGUUUGCUAAUGGGUUUUCCCCACUGGUUUUAAAAUCAAAUCAGUGUUUCAUGUGGUUGCACUAUUUAAGUCCUUCUUUUAAGGCAAAUGUUUUACGGCUAAAAAAAGCCUCCCAGUUUGCAUUCAGGGAUUUUAAACAAGUCUCAGCUUUUGGCUUGUUCUUCCAUAAUUUCGUCCUCAACAGACUUCAGCUUGUUUGCUAGCUCGAGUCUGAUGUAAAUAUGUGGCGCUGUAAAUAUGGUGUUGUUUUUGACUCUGAGUAAAGAUGAAUACAUAAUGA